CCUACCGCAUGUUCCUCAAACUGAGAGCAAGCGUGACCAAACGUUACAGAACCCGUAAACCAGAAGUAUGUGGUGUGUCACUGAACAGUGUAGUUCAUUAGAUGGAAUUAGUAUUAACACGAUGACUGGCAAAUAUGCAGGAUAUGAGUACGUGUGUGGACCUGUUUUAGGUCAUGUUUAUCUCAGGGAGUUGUGGCGGCGCUACUUGAAAUGAACUCAUAGACCCAGCGAUUUCUUGGCUUUCAUCCGAUGCAUCAAUGACUCAAGGCGGUGUAGCCGCAGAAGCAUGCUCCUCUGUUGGAUGCUUGUGUGUCUGCUACGGAGGCAAACACAUGCCGUACUUUAAGAAGAACGCUGUUGUUUCUCAGACCCAGCUUUAUCAAUUAGCUGUAGCUUGUAAUCAUAAUGCACAUUUUCCUCGCAGAAAUGCUCAGUAUCAGCGAGAGCUUUCUGACAGUGAAAGGUGCUGCCCUCUUUCUCCCGAGAGGCAAUGGCUCCCCUUCAUCCUCCCGUGUGCCUCAUCAACGGAGCAAACAUGCAGGUGACCUCCAGCAACACCUGCAGAAUAUGUUCACGCUGCUGCGUCCAGAGGACAACAUUAAACUGGCGGUGCGGCUAGAGAGUUUCCACGCCCAGUGCACACGCUACAUGGUAGUGGUCUCUACCAAUGGCCGGCAGGACACUGAGGAGAGUGUCGUGCUGGGCAUGGACUUCAGCCCCACCGAUGGCUCCUGUUCCAUUGGCAUGGUACUCCCACUUUGGAGUGACACACUGAUCCAUUUGGACGGGGAUGGAGGCUUCAGCGUGUCCACCGACAACAAAAUCCACGUGUUCAAGCCUGUCUCAGUCCAGGCCAUGUGGUCGGCUCUGCAGUCCCUCCAUAAGGCCUGUGAGGUGGCCCGAGGCCACAACUACUUCCCUGGCAGCCUCUUCCUGACGUGGGUCAGCUACUACCAGAGCCGCGUUGCGUCGGACCAGGCUCGUAUCAACGAGUGGAACGCCAUGCAGGACGUGCAGUCCACUCGACCCGACUCUCCUUUGCUCUUCUCUGACGUGCCAACGGAACGGGAGCGAACAGAACGACUUAUCAAGACCCGCUUACGGGAGAUCAUGAUGCAGAAAGACCUGGAGAACGUCACAUCUAAAGAGAUCCGUACAGAGCUGGAGAUGCAGAUGACGUGUAACCUGCGGGAGUUUAAGGAAUACAUCGACAAUGAGAUGAUCGUCAUCCUGGGCCAGAUGGACAGCCCCACCGCGAUCUUUGACCACGUCUUCCUGGGUUCUGAGUGGAACGCCUCCAAUCUAGAAGAAUUGCAGAAUAGCGGUGUGCAGUACAUCCUCAAUGUGACCAGAGAGAUCGACAACUUCUUCCCGGGCCUGUUUGAGUACCACAACAUCCGCGUGUACGACGAGGAGGCCACUGACCUGUUGGCUUACUGGAAUGACACCUACAAAUUCAUAUCCAGGGCCAAGAAAAACGGCGCCAAGUGUUUGGUGCACUGUAAGAUGGGCGUGAGUCGCUCGGCAGCGACGGUCAUCGCCUACGCCAUGAAGGAGUAUGGCUGGGACCUGGAGCGGGCCUUCGACUACGUGAAAGAGCGGCGCACCGUCACCAAGCCCAACCCUUCCUUCAUGAGGCAACUGGAGGAGUACCAGGGAAUCCUGCUGGCCAGUAAGCAGAGGCACAACAAGCUGUGGCGCUCCCACUCGGACGGCAACCUCUCAGAGCACCACGAGCCGCUGGUAAAGCCGGCGCCAGGGCCCUACACACUGGGCCGCUCCAACCCACGCAACCAGAGCUGUACGCAGCCCUCGCCCUCCCUCCAGGAGUUCCUCCAGAGCCUCUCCCCAUCCGCCACCACCAGCGCCCCGGUCACCCAGGAAGCGCCAGAGACCCGCGUCUCCAACGGCUUCUGCGACCCCCAGGACCCCAUCUCCGAGCAGGGGGCCCAUCGGCUCCAGCUCCCUCAGCCGCGGGCGGCCACUGUGGUGCCUGAGGCGAGGUCCGACGUGGCAGCGGUGACCGUGGCGGAGACUGUGCCCGUGGGGCGCCCUCACCCGCCGCCGGCUCUCCAUCACCUGCCCCCCACACCUGUCCCUGUGACCAUCCUGGCCCCUGAACUGGCCUCUGGACUUUCUGAGGCAUCCUCCACUGUGCCUGAUGGAAAUAGCGAUCCUCCCACGCACAUAUCAGUGACCAAGGCUGCAAGGACUUUUGACUCAAGUUCACAAGCCAUUAGAUGUGUAGGUGAGGCCUCAAAGGGAGGGCCGUCCGUGCAGGUGCCCGAGAGCAAAAGCAACCAGAAAGGCAACCCUGCGUUCUUCAUAGGCGGGGAGGAGAACGAGGGCAGCAGCGAUGACGACCACCUCAGUGCCACGUUAGAGCAGGUCACACUUGACGCCAAGCCAACUCUCAGCACAGACCACAUUGACUUCUUCAGCGCGCGGGAGAAGUUCCUCGGCCUGUCCCAGGAGGGACCAGCCGGCUGCCCGUUAGAGCUGACCCAGCAGCAGCACUCACCCCAGGAGAGGAGCCCGGAACCGACAGCUGAGCCACUUGUCCAAGAUGACCCUGGGAACGGGGACCAACAGGCCAAGGAAGCUAGUGUGUCUGUUCACCACAUUAUCACAGAACUGGAGUCCGUUACGCACACUGUAACCCCAGCCCUUAGUACUGCUUGCCAAUCAAACCCAUGUAGCUCCAAUGACAAUGAGGAGGUGGAACUGAAGAGGGCUGAGGUGGAGACAGCACCAGCAGAGGACCAGCCUACUGCCACCCCCUCCACCUCUGGCGAUUGUCUUAAGGGGACCGUCCGGCGGGCCACCAGGGAGCUGGAGCAGAGACUCAGGCAGGAGCUGGAAGUUCCCGUGGCCCCAGUGCCCACCGCGGCCCCUCACAGUCCCCCGCGACGCUCCCCCGUCCCCAAGGACAAAGCGGAGGACAACCCUCCCGGCCAGGACUCCGAGCAGAAGCCGGUCACGGCCCAACCGAUCCCUCCACAGACGCCAGACGCUAUGGAGAAGCUGGACGGAGGGAUGGUGGAGGGGAGCGUGAAGAAAGACGACGGGAAGACUGCAGGGGUUCCACAAGGAGCUCAGGAACUGGACAGUGGGGGCACAAAAGAAGCGAGCACAAUAUCUUCAUCAGCAGCAGACCAUCAUACUGAGGAAAGGCCGGACGGCACCAGCACCACUCCAAGCACUGACGGCCUCUCCACAAAGCCUGAUCACACUUCCGCCUCCUCCGCCGUCUCAGUCAUUCACCUGGAGGGCGUCACCGAGCAGGACUCGGGCACCGACAAGGACGGCCUCUUCGGCCCGCGCACCGAGGCGGACCUGCUGGAGGCAUGGGAGACGCUCAAGGAGCUGGGAGCCUUCCUGAGGCAGGUGCGCAGUGCGCUGGCGUCCGACCUGGGCCCGUCAUCGUGGCUUCCCGGCCGGAGAGGCAAACGAGACCCACGGGAGCGAUCCAGACAGGCGGGGGCUCGCAUCCGACAGGCGGGGCUCACCACGCCCUCGCUGAUGAAGCGUUCGGCCUCUCUGGCCAAGCUGGGCUCCCUGGAACUGACCGCCAACGACCUCGGCGACUGGGACCUGGACGCUGCUGGCCUGUCGCCUGCUCACUGGCGCCUCGGCACGGCACCCACAGAUGAUGCCUCCAAGAAGAAGCGCGUACGCCCGCAGCACGAUCCUUCAUCCAACUCUCCCCCCUCCUCCUCCUCGCCCUCCAGCCAUCCCCAGACACACACAGAAGACCCUCUGAGGAAGGAAGAGGCUCGUCACCAUGAUGAUGCCACCGUGCCACUGUCUGAUACUGCCCCUCAUCCGUCAGCUCACGGGCGGAGUGACAUGGCACAGAACUCAGGGCUCACGCCCCAGUCGGUUCCGGACUUGAUUUCUGUGGCGACGAGGCAGCAGUAUGGAAGGACACACCCUCUGCGUAGGCUGAAGAAAAGAACUGUCAGCUUUUUGUAUCACACAGUGUGACCUUUUUUUUUGCUGUUAGUGUGUGUGAGUGUGUUUCUGUGUUGGUGAUAUGUGGGUUUAUUCAGGGCUGUAUCUGAGGUAUGUAACUACGACUGUAAUGUUGUUAAUUUUAUAUAUGUGUGUGUGAGAGAGUGUUUGGUUGUGGAGAGAGAGAGAGAGAGAGAGAGAGAGAGAGGGAGUGUGUACAGGUAUGUGAAAAUUUAGUUUGCUAGGGAUUGCGUAUAAAAAGCUUGGGCCAACUCAUAAUGCAAUAACUGCACAUAAGAACAAUUAUAAAUCUGUUAUAGGUUAUAUCAUACAAAACACAAAUUUCAAUUCAAUAACUGAUCCAUUUACCUUAAAAAAAGACAAUUGCAUUAUGAACCUAGGAUAAAUAUUAUGAACAUGGGAACAGGUCACACACACACACACACACACACAAUGAUAUGAUAUUAUUACAUUAAAUGAUAUUUAAUACACACAGUACAAAGGCCUACAUCAAAUGGUUAGAUUAACAGUAAGAGAAUAAUACAUGAUGACGAUGUUCGUAAUGUCAUAAAAAUGUGUUCUAUGCACAAAACAAAAGAUUUAUUUGAAUACUUUAUGUCCAGUUAUCACAUUAUGGGUGCUUUGACGAUUUGGAGACAGAUAUAAGUUUGCAUAUAGAGGCAUGUGUUUAUGGUGUUAGGGUCUCUUGUCCUGUGUAAAAUUGAAUUGUAUUACUGUUGGCAAAAAAAAUACAUGUUUUCUUUUUAGUGUUUUUAACUGUGACAAUUUUUAAACCAAAUUAUAUUUAUUUUGA